GAACAGCUCGGCUAAGAACGUGGAUGGGAAAUGAAUUGCUUUUGUCAACGUCCUCUUCCAAGGAUCGCUUUGUCAGUCAAUCAUCAACCUUACAGAGUGGCGCAAAAGAAUGGAUGAGAAGCAGUUAAAAGCAAGCUUGAUGAAGUAUUUCGGAGAAACAACAGCAAAAGUAACCAAAGAAACAACCGAAGAUGAAAUCAAACGUAUCUAUGCUGCACGGUCAGCAACAUAUGACGAGGAACAUUCAGCGGCGCGCACUUCAUAUUUCAAGCCACUGGCCGAGUCUUUACAUAAAGCCCUUAAAGAAGUUUACCAGGACAAACCAAUGGAUCAAAUCAAGAUCAUUGACGCCGGAGCUGGGACAGGUCUGAUUGGAGUUGAGCUCAAGAAACUCGGAUACACCAACCUAUGUGCUUUGGACAUCUCAGCUGAGAUGUUAACGGAAGCAAAGAAGAAAGAGAUCUAUACUGAAUUCAUUUGCACGUCUUUGAACGGGCAGCCGAUACCUCAAAUUAAAUCUGGGCAAUUCGAUGCUUUGAUUUGUGGUGGGGCACUCAUUACAGGACGUAUCGGCUCCUCUGCUUUCGUGGAGAUGAUAAGAAUGGUUCAAACUG